CGUUAUUGAACUUCCACUUGUAUUGCGUCCCCAUCGUCGGUUGUCCGGAGAAUCAACGACGACCGUCCACAUGCCAAUCAGUCAACUCUAUGAUGUUAUAUAGACUGAAUUCUUGCUUACAAUCUUCCAACUGAGUAGCACAGCAUAGUUUCGAUCGUCUUUGCUUAACUGGAUUUCCCUAAAAUUUCAUAGAAUUGUGCAUCUUUUAGGGUUUGAAAUCAACACAAAAACCAGAGAGAAAAUGGCAGGUGUGAAACGAAUUAAGCUCGGAUCGCAGGGGUUAGAGGUAUCAGCUCUUGGACUAGGAUGUAUGGGCAUGUCUGGUGGCUAUGGCCCUGCCAAACCAGAAGAAGAGAUGAUCAAAGUCAUCCACCACGCCAUCAACUCCGGCGUCACUCACCUUGAUACUUCCGAUGUCUACGGACCUCACACCAACGAAAUCCUCGUCGGAAAGGCUUUGAAGGGAAUUGAGAGAGAGAAAGUUCAAUUGGCUACGAAAUUUGGGAUCAUAUUUGGGGCGAGUAUGGGUAAUACGGAAAUCCAUGGAGAACCGGAGUACGUUAGGGCAUCUUGUGAAGCCAGCUUGAAGCGACUUGAUGUUGAUUACAUUGAUCUUUACUAUGUUCAUCGGAUCGAUACAAAAACCCCUAUCGAAAUCACAAUGGGUGAACUCAAGAAACUGGUUGAAGAAGGUAAAAUUAAAUAUAUUGGUUUAUCUGAGGCUGGUCCAGAAACCAUCAGAAGAGCACACGCUGUUCAUCCGAUAACAGCCGUACAAUUGGAGUGGUCGUUAUGGACUAGAGAUGCGGAACAAGAGGUUAUUCCUACUUGCAGGGAACUAGGAAUAGGGAUCGUUCCUUUCGCUCCUUUGGGUAGUGGGUUCUUCGCAGCAGGUCCAAAGUUGAUGGACAAUUUGGCAGAUAACGACUUUAGAAAGAUUUUGCCGAGGUUACAAGGAGAGAACUUUGAGCACAAUAAGGUCGUAUUUGAGCGAGUUAGCCAAAUGGCAGAAAAAAAGGGAUGCACCCUAUCGCAGUUGGCACUGGCUUGGGUCCUGCACCAAGGGGAUGACGUUGCUCCUAUCCCUGGUACAACCAAGAUCGAAAACCUGAACCAAAACCUUGGAGCCCUGACGGUUAAACUCACGGCUGAGGACAUGGCUGAGCUUGAAUCGGUUGCUUCCUUCAAGGGUGAUAGAAUGCCGGAACAGAUUUUGGUCCACAGUUACAAGAACUCCGACACUCCACCGUUGUCGUCGUGGAAAUCGGAGUGAGAAUGCAUCUUUCUUUUUGCUAUGAGCCAAGUUCUAAUAAGCUGUUUUAUGGUGUUUUUGUUAUUGAUGGAAUGAAAUUUUCAGAAGUUUCUGUGUGUUUGUAUCUCCAUGGUUCUGAUAUUUGUUUGUUUUGGGUAAAUUGGUCAAUUUACAACCCAUGAA